UCACAUUAGAGCAGAGAACGUCAGAGGAGGAAAACAAGGGGCUGGACCCAGCCGGCUCGUUCGGGCUCAACCGAUUUUCUGGCUCAGCAAGACGGUCGGGAAAUGAGGGGACUCCUGCCAUUGUACCGGGCUGGCCGUCACGCGAGGCCAAUCGCUGCAAUAUUCGGUUCUCGCUGCGGCUUUUGCGGAACUAAUAGCAAGCCACAGCCAAACUUUGGCUUGUUGUUUGACAUUGAUGGCGUUCUCCUCCGUGGAAGAAUGCUGAUCCCUGCUGCCAAAAAAGCCUUUGAGAAGUUAGUGGACUCACAAGGACAGUUUGUAGUGCCGCUGGUGUUUGUUACAAAUGCUGGGAAUUGCCUCAGGCAAAAAAAAGCAGAUCAGCUCUCCCACAUCCUUGGCGUACCAAUCACUCAAGAUCAAGUCAUUAUGUCACACAGUCCACUGCGGAUGUUCAAGAAAUUCCAUGACAACUGUGUGCUGGUGUCAGGUCAAGGACCAGUUCUGGAAAUUGCCAAAAAUCUGGGCUUCAAUAACGUCAUCAGUAUUGACAUGCUGAGGGAAUCGUUCCCACUUCUGGACAUGGUGGACCACAACAGGAGACCCAAACUACCGUCCAAUCCUGUAGGUAACCUUCCCAAGGUUGAGGCCGUGGUUCUGUUCGGGGAGCCAAUUCGAUGGGAGACCAAUCUCCAGCUCAUCAUAGAUGUUUUGCUAACCAAUGGCAAUCUCAGUACCCUUCACCAAACCCAAAAUGUACCUCACCUGCCACUGUUAGCUUGCAACAUGGACCUGUUAUGGAUGGCCGAGGCACAGUCUCCAAGAUUUGGCCAUGGCACAUUUCUUGUGUGCUUAGAGAAUAUCUAUAAAAAGAUCACAGGUAAAGACCUCAAGUAUGAGGCCCUGAUGGGAAAACCAAGUGAGCUGACCUACCAUUUCGCUGAGUUCCUCAUCCGAGGUCAGGCCAUGCAGAGGCAGUGGAAACGUCCCAUCACAUCCCUCUAUGCUAUAGGGGAUAAUCUAAUGACUGACAUCUACGGCGCUAACUUGUACAACCGCUACCUGGACGUGAGAGUUGCCAGAAAAAGCCCCAAAGCCAUCGCCAAGAUGGCGGCCGCCACAGGCUCCACCGCCGCAGUGCCCGCGGAGGAUGACGUCGAUAACAUGUGGGAGAGCGAGCUAGCGUUGCCCGCUGCCACUUCCUGUAAAUCGGUCUUAGUCUGCACGGGCGUGUACAACCCCACAGCUGAGGUGCCAAAUGACGCGAGCCACUGCAUCAAAGAGACAGUUUUCCACGGCCACCGGGACUUUCGCUUCGACCCUGCUCUGGUGGAGCCGGGCCACAUUGUGCAAGAUGUGGCUGAAGCCGUCGAGCUCAUUUUUGAGAAAGAAAGGUUUGUGCCUCAAUAGAGAACGAGAUUAAGGGAGGGUAGACUCCCGCCCGUGUUUCACUGUGGACGUUGUUUAACCACCACCGAGGGUUUGAAACUCUCAGAAGUGGGCCGAAUAGGAAAAAAAAAAAAAUGCUUCUAUUGCAGUAAGCUGAUAUCUGGCUUUUGUGAUAGUUGCCUGGUUUUCUUUAAUGGAACUGCCUUGUUUUACUCUAUUCAAUAUUUUUUAGUCCACAUUGAUGUUGGCACUAAAAAACCUGAGAUCAUCGUAUAUUUGUUACAAGAGUUUACUGUUUUUAUCAAGCAUUGGACCAUUGUUGAGGCCACCUUUGAGCAUAGCACUACAAUUGUUUACAUGUUUUAACCCCUAAAAAUCUAUGCAUGAUCACCUGUACUGUAUGAACAAACUGUUGGCUGUGCAAUAUUGUCCCCGAGUAGUUUUGCAUUGUGCACACUUAGGAAAGAGACUUGACCAGUAUUUUUAUCUUUGUCUCAUGUUACCUGUUCAGUUACACGCGAACCCUACCUUUAACAUCAAAACUUCACUUUGUUAUCCAUAUUUGACCAUUUGUAAUGUUUUCUUCAUUGUAAAUAGAGUAACUCGAAAAAAUAUACGCAAUCAUUGCAAA